AUGAUUCUAUUAUUUACAGCUCGAUUUGUGCGGUUAUUCAGUUAUGGUAUGCUCUCGGUGGCAUUAGUUUUGUACCUAACUGUAAAGGGUUUCGAUCAAUGGCAUAUUGGAACUUUAUUUACUGCCAUUCUUAUUGGAGACAUUAUUAUCACUCUAUUACUAACAACAACAGCGGAUGCACUCGGGCGACGAAAUAUUCUCGUCAUUGGUUCCAUAUUAAAAUUGUUUGCUGGUGUCAUGUUUGCAUUCGUCGAUCAAUACUUACUUCUUGCACUCGCUGGAAUAGUAGGCAUAAUUUCGCCCACUAGUGGUGAAAUCGGACCGUUUCUUUCAAUUGAACAAGCAUGUAUGACCGAAACCGUAAAGGACAAAGCACAGAUUGCAGCCAUCUAUGGUUGGUAUAACUUUUUCGGCUACGUUUCUACUGCGCUUGGUGCACUCAGCUCUGGUUAUAUUAUUUCAAAAUUGACUGAAAAUUAUCAAUUUCACGCUGCUACUGCAUAUCAAUCCAUUUUAAUUGCUUAUGCGAUCUUUGGUGCCGUUAAAACAGUCAUAUAUCUGUGUUUAUCUCGACAAAUUGAAACUACACUAUCAUCGGAUUCCGAAUCAAUUAUACUUGCAACCGAUUCAUCUUCUCGAGGCGCCGCAAAAAGACUAUCCACUCAUAUAUUUCAUUGGUUCAAUGAAAAAUUCGGACUUCGUCGACCUACUUCACGUCGCACUGUUGCUAAACUUUGCUGUCUGUUUAUCAUUGAUGCAAUUGGUGGUGGUUUCGUUAUGCAAUCGAUGAUCAUCUACUGGUUUCAUGAACGUUUUCAGAUGAAUAUUGAAAUGUUAGGUUUGAUGAUGAUGGGUGCCAAUCUGAUUUCGGGCUUUUCUGCUAUUUUGGUAACGCCACUAGUUGGUCGAAUUGGUGCCAUAAAUACUAUGGUCAUCACUCACAUUCCAUCAAACAUCUUUCUGAUCCUUAUUCCUUUUAUGCGAACGAAAACAUCAGCUGUCGCUAUGCUUCUUCUAAGAUUUUCUAUUAGUCAAAUGGAUGUACCAGCCCGGCAAACAUUCGUUGCGAUCAGUGUAGAUAAUAAUGAACGUUCAGCAGCUGGAGGCAUAACAAAUCUGGUUCGAUCAGUUGGUCUAUCCAUAUCACCAAUGAUCGUUGGUUAUCUCUUGCAAGAUAGUCGAAAGACUGUUCUAUUUGCAUUGCCUUUUGUCAUUGGUGGCGGACUCAAACUUUUCUACGACAUUCUUCUAUAUGUUUCAUUUGAUGUUUCAAAUCGAAACCAGUCAACAUACUUGAAAGAUGCACGCAUUAAUCAUGACAUUAAAAAGAAUAAUCAAAAUAUUUGA